CGAGGCUGGCGCCUGCGCAGUGCGCUAAGCUGUCAGUCAAGGAAGGCGCUCGCGAGCCGGGCGGCGGAGAGUGCGGUGGUGCUGUCAUGACUGAGGGCACGUGUCUGCGGCGUCGAGGGGGACCCUACAAAACCGAGCCGGCCACGGACCUCACCCGCUGGCGGCUCCGCAAUGAGCUGGGUCGGCAGACGUGGACGUAUUUCCAAGCGGAGGACGACCCUGGUCGAGAGCAGACCGGGCUAGAAGCCCACUCUUUGGGACUGGACACAAAGAAUUAUUUCAAAGACUUACCUAAAGCUCAAACAGCCCAUGAGGGGGCCCUGAAUGGAGUAACAUUUUAUGCCAAGCUGCAGGCUGAGGAUGGACACUGGGCGGGUGAUUAUGGUGGUCCACUCUUCCUCUUACCAGGUCUCCUGAUUACAUGUCAUGUGUCACACAUCCCUCUGCCAGCUGGAUACAAAGAGGAGAUGGUACGGUACCUGCGAUCAGUGCAGCUCCCCGAUGGCGGCUGGGGCCUGCAUAUUGAGGACAAGUCCUCAGUGUUUGGGACCGCCCUGAACUAUGUGGCUCUCAGAAUCUUGGGUAUUGGGCCUGAUGAUCCUGACCUUGUACGUGCUCGAAACAUUCUUCACAAAAAAGGCGGCGCGGUGGCCAUCCCCUCCUGGGGGAAGUUCUGGCUGGCCAUCCUGAAUGUUUAUAGCUGGGAAGGACUCAAUACCCUAUUUCCUGAGAUGUGGUUGUUUCCUGAGUGGGCACCUGCCCACCCCUCCACCCUCUGGUGCCACUGUCGGCAGGUCUACCUGCCCAUGAGCUACUGCUACGCCACUCGGCUAAGCGCCUUAGAGGACCCACUGGUUCAGAGCCUCCGCCAGGAGCUCUAUGUGGAGGAUUAUGCCAGCAUCGAUUGGCCAGCACAGAGGAACAACGUGUGCCCCGAUGAGCUGUACACGCCACACAGCUGGCUGCUGCAUGUGGUGUAUGGGAUCCUCAACCUGUAUGAACGUUUCCACAGUACCAGCCUGCGGCAGCGGGCCAUCAAAAUGCUGUAUGAACAUAUCGCCGCCGAUGACCGGUUCACUAAGAGCAUCAGCAUUGGCCCGAUCUCAAAAACCAUCAACAUGCUUGUUCGUUGGUCAGUGGAUGGGCCAUCCUCCUCUGCCUUCCAGGAGCACGUCUCUAGGAUCCCAGAUUACCUUUGGCUGGGCCUUGAUGGCAUGAAAAUGCAGGGCACCAAUGGGUCACAGAUCUGGGACACCUCGUUUGCUAUCCAAGCACUGUUGGAGGCAGGUGCACACCACAGACCUGAAUUUCUACCCUGCCUGCAGAAGGCUCACGAAUUCCUGCGGCUUUCACAGGUCCCAGACAACCUUCCUGACUAUCAGAAGUAUUACCGCCAGAUGCACAAGGGUGGUUUCUGCUUCAGCACACUGGACUGUGGCUGGAUCGUUGCUGAUUGCACAGCCGAGGCUUUGAAGUCUGUGCUCCUCCUGCAGAAGCAGUGCCCCUCAAUCACUGAUCACAUCCCCCGAGAGCGGCUCUGUGAUGCUGUGGCUGUGUUGUUGGAGAUGAGGAAUUCUGAUGGAGGAUUUGCUACCUACGAGACCAAGCGUGGGGGGCAUUUGCUGGAGUUGCUGAACCCCUCAGAGGUCUUCGGAGACAUCAUGAUUGACUACACAUAUGUAGAGUGUACCUCCGCAGUGAUGCAGGCUCUGAAGCAUUUCCACGAACACUGUCCAGACCAUAGGGCAGCAGAGAUCAGGGAGACCCUCAAGCAAGGCCUGGAGUUCUGCCGAAAGAAGCAGAGAUCUGACGGCUCCUGGGAGGGCUCUUGGGGAGUUUGUUUCACCUAUGGCACCUGGUUUGGCCUGGAAGCUUUCGCUUGCAUGGGGCAUACCUACCAAGACGGGACUGCUUGUGCAGAAGUGUCUCGGGCCUGCAACUUCCUUCUGUCCCAGCAGAUGGCAGAUGGAGGUUGGGGGGAAGACUUUGAGUCCUGUGAACAACGGCGUUACGUGCAGAGUGCCAGGUCCCAGGUCCACAGUACGUGCUGGGCCCUGAUGGGCUUGAUGGCUGUCAGGCAUCCCGACAUCAGUGCUCAGGAGAGAGGAAUCAGAUGUCUGCUGGAGAAACAGCUCUCCAAUGGAGACUGGCCUCAGGAGAACAUCUCUGGGGUCUUCAACAAGUCCUGUGCCAUCAGCUACACGAGUUAUAGGAACAUCUUCCCCAUCUGGGCCCUGGGCCGCUUCUCCAACCUGUACCCUGACAAUACCCUUGCCGGCCACCCUUGAACUCACGUCUGCCUGUGCUGCAGCUGGCCAGCAUCAUCACCAUACAGGUCCAGGCGAGACUGGGGGUUCUUACCCCGCUCUAGGCCGCCUUCUCUAUUUCUGUAGACCUGAGGUUGGGACUAGGGUCAGGGUUGGUAUCUUUAGGCACUUGUCAGUGUAGGCUUAGUUCUGAGACUAGCUUCAGCGAGAAAGGGAACCAGAUAAACCUUGAAAUCCAGAGGGGCACACUGCACUCUGCAGCUCCCGGGCACAUCCUUCCUGAGGGACUGAGGCUGGAGAGUUUUUGUGUCCGGUGACUUCCCUGUGAGGGGAGCGGUGUCUUCUUCCCUCCUCCUUUUUCUACUGUGUAGCGGGCCUCUGACCAGACUUCUGUUUGCUGGGCUGGCGGAGGUACGGCGACUCCAUGGUGCUGGUAUGCUCAGAGAAAGGCUCAGUGGGGAGUGAGGGCGGGGCCCUUGUUCACUGUGCCCCGAGCAUGGCUGUUACCUGGUCACUGUAUGAAAUACCUGUUUUCCAGAAAGGAAAUACAGACUCGCUUUAUACUAAAACUGUCACUAAAAGUCAUUUAAAUGAUCACCGACUCCCUUAAUAAACAGACAUUUUGGGGCUGGAACAGUGGCCCAGCAGUAAAAAAAAUGGACUGCUCUUUCAGAGGACCUGGGUUUGAUUCCCAGCACCCACUUGGUGGCUAACAACCUUCUAUAACUCAAGUUCCCAGGGGACCCAAUGCCUUCUUCUGGCCUCUGUGGGCACUGCAUACAUGGUGCAUAAACAUGGAUGCAGGAAUAACACCCAUACACAUAAAAUAAAAUAAAUCUCUAAAAUAAACUAUUAAAAACAAAGCAAAAACAAAACCCCCAGGCAUUUCGUCCUGUGGCUGUGUGACAAGGAGCCAGAUGCAGCGUCCGAUUCUGCCCCUAGAUUGUGAGCCCAUACACAUUGUGUUGGUUUCUGGGAUAUCAGCAUCCUGCUCUCCUGUCAUCUUGUUGAGAUAGAGAGGCACAUGCGGGAAGCCACACAUAAGGGUGAGCUCUUAGUUGCUGAUUUCUAACUCUGUGUGUCUGUCCAACAUGCAGGCAGAGUUCGGGGCUGAUAAAGUAGUAGCUUCUCCUUGAAGUUACUGCUUUUCUUCCUGGCCAUGGUGAGCAGGGUCCAGCCUGGUGCCUUCUCAGUCUAAUGCUCCCUACCUCUCUUACAUUCUGGACUGGUGGUAACUCCAACCUCUCCCUGGCCCAUGGUCUUUCCUCAGACAAAUGGAGAGCUGUGUCUGAUCCCCUUUCCCUGCCCAGGACCCUCUAGGCCUGCCUUCUGCCAUGGUGCAGAUUCCCUGAGGCUUUCUGUCAUCUGCCGCCUGUCCAACUCCCACCACUGUCACCUUGUGCCGUGACCCCCAGGACUCCUCUCCCUUAGAUCGUAACCUGUGCUAUAACUGCACAGUUCUCAGCCUUUGCCAGCAGCAGAGCAGAUAGAUGGUGAAUUACUAGGUCUGUCCCCAGCAGCAGCAACUGCCCUUGGAAUUCCCAGUUAGGACCAGAUCACUAUAGAAAAUACACUGGCACUUACAGGGCCAAUUCCCUUCAUAAACAGACUUCUGAUAACACAUGCUUUAGACUGUAGUGUGUCAUUCUUACUUUGUUUUGUCCUGCAGACCAGUCAUGCUGUAGAGCUGGCAGUGUGGGGUGUGCAGGAUUACCAGUCCCAGUUCAGAGAGUCCCCCAGGCUCACCAGAUAACGGUCCAGAAGUCCUUGAAGAUCCUUGAAAGUUUUAACUUGUAAGGAACAAAUUUAGAAUGUGCUGCAAGCUUUUCCUGUGGAGUCGUAGUAGAUUUUCUGUGUUUGCUGAGAUGUGAACCUCAACACUUUUUUGAGGGAUUCUUUAGUAGGAAAUGCUUACACUUUUUUCCUCAUGAAACGAUUUAAUAUGUGGUGCUCACUAUGACAUGAUACUCACUACGUAAUCCAGAAUGGCCCCAAGCUGGAGGGUCAUCCUGCCUCCAUCUCCUGAGGAUUGGGUUGUAGGCAUUGCUACCAUGCCCUGCUGAAGGACUUGAUGGAAACUCCUCUCUGACAACGUAUUUUUUCUUUUCUCUUUUCAAUAAAUUUUUGCUGUAUGCUAUUUUCUUAUUCUCUAAUUUAUUGACAACCAUAGCAAAUACAACUACAUGGUAAUAUAUAGUUAGUCGACUUGGUUUUUUUUUUAAUUAUUUAUUUGAGCUCACUAUGUAGCUCUGGCUGUAGACCAGGCUAACUUCAAACUCACAGAGAUCCACCUGCUUACCAAGUACCACUACACCAAGCUUUCAACUUGAUUUAUUUUUAUCUCAACUUUAUUUUAUCUCUGUAUUUUAUACAGAUACUACUACUAUGUAUCUGUAGUAUAAAUUACUAUUUAUUAAAGUUUCAGAUGUUUUUAUUUAAAGGUUCUCAAAAGAAAUAAAAUGUAAAAAGCUAACAACCUGAUCAAAUGUGCAGUUCCAAAACAGCCUUUUGGCGUCUAACAAGUCCUAGGAAGGGAACUGCAAUCAUCUUGACCCAGGAAAUAAGUCACCUGGCAAAUCCGCAGCACUAGUAGAAUGAAAUUAUUAGCUCUCGAUCAUAUGGAUCACUAUGACAAUUUUUUAAAUCUGUACAAAAGGUCUUUGUAAUUAAUUUUUUUUAGAAUUUAAUGACUGUCUUUUAAAGUUUAUGUAUAGAGGCUAUAUUUCCCAAAUUUGACCCAGAUGAGUCUGGCACUCAGUUCAGAUGUACCUAACAUCACAUUUCCCCUCCCUUUUUGACUGAGCUACCAACUUCCUGUCUUAACUAAUGCAAAAAAUACCAAGUCGUGAGAGAUCCAGGCUGUUAAAUGUGCCAGGUACAUGGAUGAUGCUGCAUUCAGUCUGGACUUCCACAAAGCAGAAUGUUUUCUUAUGAUGUAUAGAUCCAAUAAUACCAUAGUUUCUUGAAAAAAGGAAAAAAACAAAAACUCAUUUAUCUCAUGACUAUGUAAUUUUCACUAGGAUCUACACUUCUCAGCAGCAAGGACAUUUGAAACUGAAAUGUCACUGACCUCUAUCAUCAAAUACAAGCAAUAAAAUUUAAGAACUAAAAAAUACUCAAAAGAAAUAACUGCUUAGCCCUAGCUCCUGAACUAGGGGUGGUUUGGUUGGUGGAAACAGGGAGGGCCUGUCCCAGCACAAAAGAAAAAUAGCCCUGAUGUGGGCAACUGUUCAUACAGGGCUGACCAGACGAGUGCACAGUCUUGGGAGACAAUUUAUCAUUACUUUUAGAACUUACACAAUUGCCUUAAUAAAAGAGCAUUAACAACAGUGAAUUAAUUAUCUCAUAUGUACUAAAGCAGAAAUAACUAUGAGUCAGGAAUUUCAUAGUCUCAAGGUUGGUUUUCUUUACACUUGAACAGCUGUAGUGAUGAUGUAAAUAAAGUGUGGCACUGCUUGAA